GGGGGCACCAUGCAGGCGCAGCAGCUGCCGUACGAGUUUUUCAGCGAGGAGAACGCGCCCAAGUGGCGGGGGCUGCUGGUGCCUGCCUUAAAAAAGGUCCAAGGACAAGUUCAUCCUACUCUUGAGUCUAGUGAUGAUGCUCUUCAGUAUGUUGAAGAAUUAAUUUUGCAAUUAUUAAAUAUGUUAUGCCAAGCUCAGCCCCGGAGUGUUGCAGAUGUAGAGGAACGUGUUCAAAAAAGUUUUCCUCAUCCGAUUGAUAAGUGGGCAAUAGCUGAUGCCCAGUCGGCUAUUGAAAAGAGGAAGCGAAGAAACCCUUUAUCUCUCCCAGUAGAAAAAAUUCAUCCUUUAUUAAAGGAGGUCCUAGGUUAUAAAAUUGACCACCAGGUUUCUGUUUACAUAGUAGCAGUAUUAGAAUACAUUUCUGCAGACAUUUUAAAACUGGUGGGGAAUUAUGUACGAAAUAUACGGCAUUAUGAAAUUACAAAGCAAGAUAUUAAAGUGGCAAUGUGUGCUGAUAAGGUAUUGAUGGACAUGUUUCAUCAAGAUGUAGAAGAUAUAAAUAUAUUAUCUUUAACUGAUGAAGAACCUUCCACCUCAGGAGAGCAAACUUACUAUGAUUUAGUAAAAGCAUUUAUGGCUGAAAUUCGACAAUAUAUAAGAGAACUAAAUUUAAUUAUAAAAGUUUUUAGAGAGCCAUUUGUCUCCAAUUCAAAAUUGUUCUCAGCUAAUGAUGUAGAAAAUAUAUUUAGUCGUAUAGUAGAUAUACAUGAACUCAGUGUAAAGUUACUGGGCCAUAUAGAAGAUACUGUAGAAAUGACAGACGAGGGUAGUCCCCACCCAUUAGUGGGAAGCUGCUUUGAAGAUUUAGCAGAGGAACUGGCAUUUGAUCCAUAUGAAUCUUAUGCUCGAGAUAUUUUACGACCUGGUUUUCAUGAUCGUUUCCUUAGUCAGUUAUCAAAGCCUGGGGCAGCACUCUAUUUGCAGUCAAUAGGUGAAGGUUUCAAAGAAGCUGUUCAGUAUGUAUUACCCAGGCUACUUCUAGCCCCUGUUUACCACUGUCUGCAUUACUUUGAGCUUUUGAAGCAGCUAGAAGAAAAGAGUGAAGAUCAAGAAGACAAGGAAUGUUUGAAACAAGCAAUAACAGCUUUACUUAAUGUUCAAAGUGGUAUGGAAAAAAUAUGUUCUAAAAGCCUUGCAAAACGAAGACUGAGUGAAUCUGCAUGUCGGUUUUAUAGUCAGCAAAUGAAGGGAAAACAACUAGCAAUCAAGAAAAUGAACGAGAUCCAGAAGAAUAUUGAUGGUUGGGAGGGAAAAGACAUUGGACAGUGCUGCAAUGAGUUUAUAAUGGAAGGAACUCUUACACGUGUGGGAGCCAAACAUGAGAGACACAUAUUUCUCUUUGAUGGCUUAAUGAUUUGCUGUAAAUCAAAUCAUGGACAGCCAAGACUUCCUGGUGCUAGCAAUGCAGAAUAUCGUCUUAAAGAAAAAUUUUUUAUGAGAAAGGUACAAAUUAAUGACAAAGAUGACACCAGUGAGUACAAGCAUGCUUUUGAAAUAAUUUUAAAGGAUGAAAAUAGUGUUAUAUUUUCUGCCAAGUCAGCUGAAGAGAAAAACAACUGGAUGGCAGCAUUGAUAUCUUUACAGUACCGGAGUACACUGGAAAGGAUGCUUGAUGUGACAAUGCUACAGGAAGAAAAGGAGGAGCAGAUGAGACUCCCCAGUGCUGAUGUUUAUAGAUUUGCAGAACCUGACUCUGAAGAGAAUAUAAUAUUUGAAGAAAACAUGCAGCCCAAAGCUGGAAUUCCAAUUAUCAAAGCAGGAACUGUUAUUAAACUUAUAGAGAGGCUCACAUAUCAUAUGUAUGCAGAUCCCAAUUUUGUUCGGACAUUUCUUACAACUUACAGAUCCUUUUGUAAACCUCAAGAACUACUGAGUCUUAUAAUAGAAAGGUUUGAAAUACCAGAACCUGAGCCAACAGAAGCUGAUCGCAUAGCUAUAGAGAAUGGAGAUCAGCCUUUGAGUGCAGAGCUAAAAAGGUUUAGAAAAGAAUAUAUACAGCCUGUACAACUACGAGUAUUAAAUGUAUGCCGGCACUGGGUAGAGCACCACUUCUAUGAUUUUGAAAGAGAUGCAGAUCUUUUGCAACGAAUGGAAGAAUUUAUUGGAACAGUAAGAGGUAAAGCAAUGAAAAAAUGGGUUGAAUCCAUCACUAAAAUAAUCCAAAGGAAAAAAAUUGCAAGAGACAAUGGACCAGGUCAUAAUAUAACAUUUCAGAGUUCACCUCCCACAGUUGAGUGGCAUAUAAGCAGACCUGGGCACAUAGAGACUUUUGACCUGCUCACCUUACACCCAAUAGAAAUUGCUCGACAACUGACUCUACUUGAAUCAGAUCUAUAUCGAGCUGUCCAGCCAUCAGAAUUAGUUGGCAGCGUAUGGACAAAAGAAGAUAAAGAAAUUAAUUCUCCUAAUCUUUUGAAAAUGAUCAGGCACACCACUAAUCUCACUCUGUGGUUUGAAAAAUGUAUUGUAGAAACUGAAAAUUUAGAAGAAAGAGUAGCUGUGGUGAGUCGAAUAAUUGAGAUUCUGCAAGUCUUUCAAGAACUGAACAACUUCAAUGGUGUCCUUGAAGUUGUCAGUGCUAUGAACUCAUCACCUGUUUACAGACUAGACCAUACAUUCGAGCAAAUACCAAGUCGCCAAAAGAAAAUUUUAGAAGAAGCUCAUGAAUUAAGUGAAGAUCACUAUAAGAAAUAUUUGGCAAAACUCAGGUCUAUUAAUCCACCAUGUGUGCCUUUCUUUGGAAUUUAUCUAACUAAUAUCUUGAAAACAGAAGAAGGCAAUCCUGAGGUCCUAAAAAGGCAUGGAAAAGAGCUUAUAAACUUUAGUAAAAGGAGAAAAGUAGCAGAAAUAACAGGAGAGAUCCAGCAGUACCAAAAUCAGCCUUACUGUUUACGAGUAGAAUCAGAUAUCAAAAGAUUCUUUGAAAACUUGAACCCAAUGGGAAAUAGCAUGGAAAAAGAAUUUACAGACUAUCUUUUCAACAAAUCCCUAGAAAUAGAACCACGAAAUUCUAAGCCUCCCCCAAGAUUUCCAAAAAAAUACAGCUAUCCCCUAAAAUCUCCUGGUGUUCGUCCAUCAAACCCAAGACCAGGGACCAUGAGACAUCCCACACCUCUGCAGCAGGAGCCAAGGAAAAUCAGUUAUAGUAGGAUUCCUGAGAAUGAAACAGAAAGUACUGCAUCUGCACCAAAUUCUCCAAGAACACCGUUAACACCUCCUCCUGCUUCUGGUGCUUCCAGUACCACGGACGUUUGCAGUGUAUUUGAUUCUGAUCAUUCAAGUCCUUUUCACUCAAGCAGCGAUACCGUCUUUAUCCAAGUUACAGUGCCCCAUGGCCCAAGAUCUGCUUCAGUAUCAUCUAUAAGUUUAACCAAGGGCACUGAUGAAGUGCCUGUCCCCCCUCCUGUUCCUCCACGAAGACGACCGGAAUCUGCCCCGGCGGAAUCUUCGCCAUCUAAGAUAAUGUCUAAGCAUUUGGACAACCCCCCAGCAAUUCCUCCUAGGCAACCCACAUCAAAAGCCUAUUCACCACGAUAUUCAAUAUCAGACCGGACCUCUAUAUCAGACCCUCCUGACAGCCCUAGCCCUCCCUUAUUACCACCAAGAGAACCUGUGAGGACACCUGAUGUUUUCUCAAGCUCACCACUACAUCUCCAACCUCCCCCUUUGGGCAAAAAAAGUGACCAUGGCAAUGCCUUCUUCCCAAAUAGCCCUUCCCCCUUUACACCACCUCCUCCUCAAACACCUUCUCCUCAUGGCAACAGAAGGCAGCUGCCAUCACCACCAGUGACACAAGAAGUGGACCUUCAUCCCAUUGCUGGGCCGCCUGUUCCUCCACGACAAAGCACUUCUCAACAUAUCCCUAAGCUCCCUCCAAAAACUUACAAAAGGGAGCACACACAUCCGUCCAUGCACAGAGAUGGACCACCACUGUUGGAGAAUGCCCAUUCUUCCUGAGUUCCUCUGUACCAGGAUGUACAUUUCCCCAGCCCCAUGUCCAUUGCUGGCAAUGGAUGCACUGAACAUGCCAGCACUGAGGAGUUGCAACAAGAACUCCAAACACUAACGACUCUACUUCAAGAUACAGUGUAAGACAAUGAAUUUUAACCUAGACAUAAUUAUAAAGUGGAAAUAGUCUUUGUUUAGAAUAUGAAAGACUGAUCUAGAGGAACUGGACAACUGAUUGCACCUGAAAAUCAAGUAAAGGGACUUUUGCAGCUGAUAGGCAGGGGUCCUCUUUUUGUGAAGUGAUCUUUUUUCAUUAAAGGGAUGGAAAACACAGUCUAGUUUCCUGCAGGCCCACAUGACGACAGUUUUGUAAUUCAAAAUAUUAUGCACUUUUUAAAAAGAAAUCUUAAACAGGGAUCUUCACAUUUUCCUUUGUUUUCCUUUGCUUUUUACUCAUCCUACUUUAGAAUAUUUUCUUAAAUCAUUCAGAGGACUGUGAGGAAAGGCUGUGGUACCUGACCUUGUUGGAAUCAAGGCCCAGCACUGUACUACAGUCCUGUUUACAGAUUAUUACAGUGAAUUGAAUGGGUACCGAGGCUUCACCAAAGAGGUACUUUUUUUUUUUUAAUAAUUAUCCAAUUUUAAGAGCAUUUCUCCCACCC